UCCUUUCCCGUCGAACUCCUCCGUUUCCCUCCCGUGAAUCUGAUUCCUCAGUCCUCUGGCUCGCGCACAGCUCGUCUCCCUCCCUAAAACCAAAAUCGCCUCCUCCAAAAUCCUUGCUCCCUAGCGUCACUGACGGCACGGCGGUCUCCGGCAGAGCUCCAAAAUCGCAGUCAUCGCAAGUCUGAUCUCCAGUCUCCAAAAUCCGUAGCCAAAAUCAACCCUCACUGUAGCUGCCGCUUUCUUCGCUGUCAGAGGUCGCCGGUCUUCGCGUGAAGUCGUCCUGGUCGAAGCAGAGGUCGUCGUUCUUGGUUCUUCGAUCAGAUUUGGAGGCAGCAGCUCGUCACUCCCCAUCGUCAUUUCUUCUUUACGGUGGUAGAUCCAUGGUCGCAGCCCGAGGAUUAGAACCGAGUUUCAAACAAUAAUUGUGGGUUUUUUCCGCAUUAUUCAAUCUUUAUUUUCAUUCUUAUAUGUAAUGGGUGAUACCGAUACAUUGGAGUACCCCAUAUCAGAACAAACCCUUCGGUUAUUGUUUGGGGCUUCAAGCUCGACUGACUUGGAAAAGUCCUUGGAAAUUUUCGAAGAAAUUUCCAAAUCUGCUUCUGGGCGUUCGGAGCUUUCUUCUAAAGGAAUUCUUCCAGCAGUGCUGGAGAUAAUUCAUUCUGCGCCAUGUACUUCACAGCAUCAUUUUCUUCCAUUGUCUUUGAAGCUCCUUAGAAAUCUGUGCGCUGGAGAGAUUGCAAAUCAGAACUCAUUUGUUGAGCUCAAGGGGGCUGGUAUUGUCUCCAAUGUUUUAAGGUCGGUGGCAAGUUGUUCGGACCCAGAUCAGGGAUUGGCCCGUGUCUGUUUGCAAGUUUUGGCAAAUGUUUCGUUGGCUGGGAAAGACCAUCAGCAUGCUAUUUGGGAAGAACUCUAUCCUAAUGGUUUUGUAUCUCUGGCAAGACUCCGGAAUAGGGGGACUUGCGACCCUUUGUGUAUGAUAAUUUAUACAUGUUAUGGUGGAAAUCCUGAAUUGGUGAGAAAGCUGUACAGUGAUAGUGGGUGGCCCAUAAUGGUAGAAAUUAUAAGAACUGCUUCUCUUGUUGGUUUUGGAGAGGAUUGGUUAAAGUUACUCCUUUCAAGAAUCUGCUUGGAAGAAUCUCAGUUGCCUCUAUUGUUCUCUAAGUUAUGGUCUGGAGCUGCUUCUGAGGGUGAAGUUUCUGAAUUCAGAGAUGAUCAGUUAUCAUCUGAACAGGCAUUUCUUUUGGAAAUUGUGGCAGAAAUCUUAAAUGAAAGGAUCACUGAUGUUGCUGUUACAAGGGAUGUUGCAUUGUUUGUUUAUGAAAUAUUCAAGCACUCUAUUGGAGUUCUCGAGCAUGCCCCUAAAGCCAAGUCUGGUAUACCUACCGGCUGUGCUGCCAUUGACGUUCUAGGAUACUCUAUCAGCAUAAUGAGAGAUAUUUGUGCCCAAGAUGAUGUGAAAGGAGGUAUCAAAGGGGAAUCAGAGGAUGUUGUUAACGAACUGUUAUCACAAGGCCUCAUUGAUUUGCUUUUGUCUCUGCUUCACGAUCUUGAGCCUCCAGCAAUAAUCAGGAAAGCAAUAAAACAAUCUGAGAAGCGAGACAAAGCUGAAGCAUCUAGGUUGCGGAAACCCUGCCUGUACAAGGGAUUCAGGAGAGACAUUGUUGCUCUUGUUGGCAAUUGUUUGUACAGAAGAAAGCAUGCACAAGAUGAGAUAAGGGGGAAAAAUGGAAUUAUACUCCUACUGCAACAAUGCGUUACUGAUGAGGACAAUCCAUUCCUUAGAGAGUGGGGAAUAUGGUCAGUGAGGAAUAUGUUGGAGGGGAAUGAGGAGAACCAAAGGGCUGUUGCAGAGUUGGAGGUUCAGGGAUCUGUUGAUGUGCCGGAAAUUUCGGCACUUGGACUUAGAGUGGAAAUUGAUCAGAAAACUAGACGUGCAAAGCUUGUAAAUGUCCCGUGAAAAUUCGCCUUAGAUGGGAUAUAUAUCUAUGAAUGGUGUCAUGUGAAGAAAAUGGCAUUCUCGGAAAAUGAAGAGUUGAUAUCUGAAGUAGAUUUCUGUUGAAGCGAGGAGAGAAUUAAAAGGACCUCUUUCUCUGUCUUUUCUGCCCUCACCUCAACUAGGUAUUUCUUUUUUUGGGUACAAGAAGAGAGAUAAAAUCCAAAAAUUAAAACAGCUAGGCUAAAAGGGGAUUAAAUCCCAAACAAUCUUUCUUUUUUUUUUUUUUUUGAGUAGGCAAGCUCCGCUUGCGGGCAGGGAUUGAACCUGUUAAGAGCCACCAACAGGUGGCUACCAUGCCACUGCGCGGCACAGGUGCUGACAAAUCCCAAACUAUCUUGAAACAGGUCUUGAUUUGGCUAUGCAUCUUGUUUGGGCUUGUCUUUUGGUCCGCAUCUUGACUGAUUGAUUAUGGAGGAUGGAUAAUGAAUUGAUUAGAGGGCUAACAGCAGGUAAACUGCAUACGAUAUUGAAUUAUAAUUCAAAAAUUUUCAAGUUAUAAUCUUCUUUUGUUCAUGCUCACAUCUUAAACGGAUUUAAAAUUGUUAAUAGCUGAAAUAUUCCCCAAACAAAUACCACUUUAUGAUAUAAGAAUCAUUUUAUAGUAUAAAUUGUAUUAUGAAUGGAUCUUAUAUUUAGGAAAGGAAGAGUAGUUUGGAGAAAAGGAACUAUGCUUUUAUGUUGCUAGUCUAAAGUUGUUGAUAUUGUGAGCUCAAAUGUGGAACUU